AUGGUUCUCCGACCGACCUCCGCGACAAUCCGCAGCUGUUCGGCUGUGAGGACGCAUGCUAUAGCCCCGCGGUUCUAUAGCAUAGCUUCCUUGCAAGGCGCAAGGCCGGGCUAUGUGUGUUCGGCUCAUCUACAAAGUCUCUCACCGCGAAGUCUGAAUGCUUUCGGAAUCUCGCCAACUGCCAGAUCGCAAGCUCGAACAUUCGCAUCCGAACCCUCCAGAGAUUCGAAAUCCGAAGAUCCGAAGACAGCUCAUAAUCAAGAGUCGGAGACCGAUUCUGCUGCGACGGCCGCCUCUUCGAACGAGACCCGUUCGCAAAGACCCGGUGAUUCGUCCUCGUCGACAUCGACAGAACGCUCCGAAUUCGACUGGGAGGAGGAGCCGAACUUCGAUAUCGAAAAGUUCACGGAGCUUCCUUACGCCAAUUUUGGUGUGAAUCAACACAUGAUCAUCGAUAGGGAGUUUAAAGAGGUCCUUCGCCAGCUGUUAUGGAAGUUCAGGGCUCCUAUCCGGUAUGCCUUUGCCUACGGCUCUGGUGUCUUCCCACAAUCGACCGGCGGUGGCAUGGCCUCGGAAGCCGAGAUCAAGGCUGUCCACUCCAAGGCCCCUGUGGCAGUACAGAAGGCCCAGGAUGGGGCUCCCAAGAUGAUCGAUUUCAUCUUUGGUGUUUCACAUACCCAGCAUUGGCACUCGUUGAACCUGACACAGCAUCGCGACCACUAUUCCGCGCUUGGGUCGCUGGGAUCAGGUGCUGUAUCCCACGUACAAGACAAAUGGGGGGCAGGGGUAUACUUCAAUCCCUAUGUCACCGUCGAGGGUAUCUUGAUCAAAUAUGGCGUUGUGAAUCUCGACACGUUGUGCCGCGAUCUCAGCCAGUGGGAUACACUAUACCUGGCUGGACGAUUGCAGAAGCCGGUCAAAAUUUUGCGAGAUGAUCCAAAGGUUCGCCUCUCCAAUCAGAUCAACCUGUUGUCUGCACUGCGAACGGCCCUCCUACUGCUACCUCCAACUUUCUCCGAGCAGGAGCUUUAUGCGACGAUCGCUGGUAUAAGCUACUUGGGCGACCCGCGCAUGGCCUUCCCAACGGAGAACCCCAAGAAGGUCACAAACAUCGUGAAUCACAACAUGCUGAACUUCCGCCGGCUUUAUGCGCCAUUGGUCGAGUCACUCCCCAAUGUUGAUUUCAAGGACCCGGCCUGCAAGAAUCCCGACUGGAUAACGAACACGGACUCGGUAUUGAAGAUUCAGCAGGACAUGGACCCUAUCAAACGGGGCAACAUGGUGCGCCGUCUACCGAAAGCCUUCCGCUCAAAACUGUACUUUGAGUAUCAGAAGAAGUUCCAGAUUCCUCAGCUCGAGUUCAACAAGAUGAUGGAUGAGAGCAAGAAUGAAGACACCGGAUCAUUCAAGCGACAGCAAGGUGGUGGUUUCGAGCAGCGCAUUGCACAGCAGCCGGCAGACGACCUCCGAAAGACUGUGCGCGAUGUCAUCAAGAAUACCGUCAACUGGCCCAGCACAAGCCAAAGCCUCAAGAGCUUUGUUACCGCUGGCUUCAGUCGUGGCUUCCGUUACCUUGGCGAGAAGCUAUCUAAGUAUCGGCAGGGAAGCGACAUCAAGAACAAGGAGAAGGGUUCAUGA